UAAACCCAAAGUGAACCAACACUCAAAACACGAUGCGUUGUUUCGCCGGAGCUUCUUCUGCGCUUGAUUUCUCCUCUCCUUCUCUACUCUUUAGCCACCGCAUCCGCUGCCGCCGUCAACUCGAAGUCAUUGGCCGGAGAUUAGUUAUGUAUUCCGUUAGCUCGCAAGCUCGGUCGAGGGAAUCCGGAGGUUGCGACGACGGAGUCGUCACGGAAGAGGAGUGGCGGAGAUGGGGAGCGGUUUCUCCAUUACCAGCUGCGGUCAAACAGAUUGUGAAUGAUCUGAAGGUUCUCGAGCUUAAAGUGGAUGCGCAGAUUGAGUUUGGUGGAAAUGGUGGCAAGUUACAGGGAGCGUUUGGUGCGUAUGAAGAUAAGAAGCAUAGGGCUACAUAUGAAGCAUUAGAUGACCCUGAGAAGAAGUUUCGUUUUUUCUCUGCUCGGCAAGUUGCUUGUAGGCUGCUUGGGAGCAGAGGUUAUUUAUGCCAGAAGUGCUGGCUUGCUAUGGAGGAUUGCAUGUGUUCUAACGUCAAGCCCUGUGGUUUAUGGAAAAGGAUACGGUUUUGGCUCUAUAUGCAUCCUAGGGAUUUUCUGCGCCAGAACAACACAGGUAAGUUGUUGUGGCAAGUAUUUGGUGUACACUCUGCUUCACUCUGCAUCUUUGGAAUAGCUGAAGACGAAGAGGUCAUGUGGGAUGAGUUUAAGCAUGCAGGAAAAAACCAUGUCCGUUGCCUCUAUCCCAACCAGAACUCGGAACUCACGUUGUCUGUUGAGAACGCUUUUGGUGAUUCAACUUCAGAGAAUCCUGGAUCAUCCAUGGGAGAUGAGGAUUCAACUUUGCAUUUCAUUUUGCUUGAUGGCACCUGGAACAAUUCAGCUGCAAUGCUCAAGCGUCUAAAGGAUCAUGCAAAGACAGUAUGGGGAGAUGAAGAUCUUCCUUGCAUAUCUCUUACAACAGGUGCAUCAGCAAUGCACAAACUCAGACCACAACCAUCAUGGGACCGGACUUGUACGGCAGCAGCAGCGAUUGGACUCCUAUCUGAGCUGAGCCUUCUCCCACAGUUAAGCAGCUACGGUUUAGACAAACAAGCCGAUGCAGUCGAGGAAGCCUUGGUCGUAUUACUGGACUCAUUAACAGGACGACGCUUAAGAAUGGGAAGAUCCAUAACUCGUAAAGUGAGAAACACCAUCAGCAUUUGCUAACAACGGAACCAGUUGAGACACAUGAUAGAUUCCUGGCAGGGCUUUGAUUACAUCAGAUACAAAGAUCAUGAUGCCUUGGUUCAUGUAAGUUCUAAUGGUUGAAGCAAACGCAUUAUUGAAUUGUAACAGUGAUCAUGAGCAACACUCACCCAAGUUAGUGCCACACCUCACUUCAAAAACAAACAUUUUGCUCCAUGAAGAUUUAUCUUUAAUACA